AUGAACGUCACUUUGGUCGUUAACGGCUCGGCUGUGACGCUGUCCACAGACGAAUUCGCUGCGCUCGUUGCGUCGGUUUCCCCCAAGUUCGCGGACGUGGCGUCGGCGCGCGCACUGGACACGUUUUACACGCUCAUGGGGGCGUUUCUGGUCUUCUUCAUGCAAGUGGGGUUCUGCUUCCUCGAGGUCGGGUGCGUGCACGUGAAGAACACCAAGAACAUCCUCGUCAAGAACAUCCUCGACGGGUGCAUCAGCGCCGUGUGCUUUUACUUUGUCGGGUACGCGUUUGGGUUUGUCAAGGGGGAUGGGUUCAUCGGCAACAGCGGGUUCGUUUUCCUCGACGAAGUGUAUGAUGGCGACGAUGCCACGCGCCGGUACAAUGGCAAGGCGUACGCGGGCUGGCUGUUCCAGUGGGCGUUUGCCGCCACCGCGUCGACGAUCGUGACCGGUGCGGUGGCCGAGCGCAUCUCGUUUGUCGCGUACAUCGCGUACGCGGUCGCCCUCACGGCCUUCAUCUACCCCGUGGUCGUGCACUGGGUGUGGUCGUCCACGGGGUUUGCGAGUGCGUUCAACACGCCUAACCACCUGCUCUUGGACGUUGGGGCUGUCGACUUUGCCGGCAGCGGCGUCGUGCACAUGACGGGCGGCAUGGCGGCGCUCGUGGGAUGCUGCAUUCUCGGGCCCCGCCUCGGCCGCUUUGAGGAUGGCCAGGUCCACGACAUGCCCAAGCAGUCGGUGCUGCUCCAGACCAUCGGCACGCUCCUCCUCUGGUUUGGCUGGUACGGCUUCAACUGCAUGUCCACAGGCACGCUGGUUGGCAACGGCGCCGACGUUGCCGCCAAAGUCGCCGUGAACCUCACCCUAGCCGCCGCCGCCGCCGGCAUCUCGUGCGUCUGCAUCAACGCCGUCACGGGCGACCGCAUCGUGGACCCCACCAUGGCCAACAACGGAGUCUUGUCCGGCGCGGUCGCGAUCACCGCCGGGUGUGCCGUCGUCGAGCCCGCUGGCGCCGUCGUCAUCGGUCUUGUCGCCGCGGUGCUGUACACGGCAUCCUCGAGGCUGCUCGUUCGUUGGCGAAUCGACGACGUUGUGGACGCCGUGCCCGUGCACUUGCUCUGUGGGAUGUGGGGUGUCCUCGCCCCAGGCUUGCUUGCCUCGUCGGACGGGAUGCAGAUGGCGUACGGCCGAAGCGAUACAUGUGGCCUCUUUUACACGUGCGCCCACAGCGGCCGCCAAUUUGCAGCCCAGCUGAUUGUGAUCGUCGCCAUCGUCGCGUGGGUGGGGGUGACAUGCACGGUGCUGUUCCUCGGCCUGUUCCGCCUUGACCUGCUGCGUGUGACACGGGAAAAUGAACUCGCUGGACUUGAUGUGUCGUACCAUGGAGGGCUAGCGUACGACGCCAGCGACGACUACAAGACCGCCAUCACCAAGGCCGAACACAUCAUCAACGACGAAACUGAAUUCGUCCCCGUCUCCACCCCGGGGCACGUCUAAGCCGCCUUUAGCUCCUACUCUAUUUCAUGAACAUCGAACUGAACGUUACUGUUGGC